AAUUUCCUUCCUUUCCUUUUACAACAUCUUCUCUGUAAAAUUUUCGAAGCUUUGCUGUGAAAUUUCCUUUUUCUCGUCCGUUUGUUUGUUUGGUUGCUGAAUAAAUUACUAGCGGGGAACAAGAAAAAGAGAAAGACAAAUUGAAACCUCUAACAAGCUGGGCCAAAUAAUCAGAUACUUCUGUUCGUUUGUUUCCUUUUUAAUAUUGUUUAUCUGUUCAGUUUUUUUUGGGGGGGGAGGGUUCUGAUCUUCUAGAAUGGUCUAUUUGGAAUCCUUUUUCCCUUUACGUGUGUAUAAGUGGGAUGUACCAAUCAUAUUUCGAGUUCACUUGGAAUUCCUUUUGGAUUCGAAAUUUGUAAAGGAAUUGAGCUAACAAUCUAAGUAUAUGCAUGUUUAGAAAGAAAUGCUUGUGAAUGACGCCGGGACUGUUGGUAAAUCAAUUUGAUGAAAGUUUCCAGAGAAGUUAGAUGUAGGGUUUUCUCAAGUUGGUGAAUAUCUCAUUUAUUUACCAGAAAUUUGAAGCUCCAACAAAUCUUUUCUCCAUUGUUCUACUGUUUUGGUAACCAUCUUUCAAACUCAACCAUCUUUCGAGUAGUCUUUAUAGUUUCAUUACACAUCUAGGGAAUGCAGCAAGAUGUUCUUGAGAGAUAAGGUUUCCUUCUCUGAGCUUGACGAGGCUGAAGUUCCAUUUGAGAUUUCCAUGUUUGUUCUUGAUGAAAUUGGACAUAUAAUGCAAAGCCCUGCCCACCUCUCUGCUCAUCUAAUGCUUACACUGUCAAACUAUUUUAGGGGUCAAGCCACAUCAUAUCAUUAUCUUUCUGAAGAUGGCUGAAGUCUUAUAGUCUUUAUGAUUGCUUCUUGAAUAGUUAUGCUAUAUUGUUUUGGAUUAGCUGGAGAAAAUAGUAUAUUACUGUGUGUGUUAGUCUCUGUAACUUGAGAUGGAAAACAAAGGGAGCGUGUUGAUGCAACGAUAUGAAUUGGGGAGAUUCUUGGGCCAAGGAACCUUUGCCAAGGUCCAUCGUGCAAGGGACCUUAGAACUGGCAUGAGCGUGGCCAUUAAGAUAAUUGACAAAGAGAAAGUUUUGAAGGUUGGAAUGACCGAUCAGAUCAAGCGGGAGAUUUCUGUAAUGAGGCUGGUUAGACAUCCAAAUAUUGUCCAGCUUUUUGAAGUUAUGGCGAGCAAAACCAAAAUUUACUUUGUCAUGGAAUAUGUCAAAGGUGGUGAGCUCUUUAACAAGGUGGCAAAAGGGAGGCUUAAGGAGGAUGUUGCAAAGAACCAUUUCCGACAGCUGAUCAGCGCAGUUGAUUUCUGCCACAGUAGAGGGGUUUAUCACCGUGAUUUAAAACCAGAAAACCUACUUUUGGAUGAGAAUGGGAAUCUAAAGGUAUCAGACUUUGGAUUGAGUGCCCUUGCUGAAUCUAAGCAUCAAGAUGGAUUGCUCCACACAACCUGUGGAACGCCUGCCUACGUUGCUCCUGAGGUAAUCAGUAGGAAAGGAUAUGAUGGAUCCAAGGCAGACAUCUGGUCGUGUGGGGUCAUAUUAUAUACUCUGUUGACUGGCCAUCUCCCGUUCCAAGAUUCAAAUCUGAUGGGAAUGUACAGGAAGAUAAGUAAGGCAGAGUUCAAAGUCCCAAAUUGGUUUGGCCCCGAAGUACGCAGACUGCUGUCGAAGAUACUGGACCCGAACCCAACUACGCGGAUAUCCCUUGCCAAGAUCAUGGGAAGUCCUUGGUUUGGGAAAGGCUAUAACUCCAAACCGAUGAGAAUUGAGAUGGAGAGGAAAGAACCAGUUAGUACUGACAUCAAUGCAGUGCUUGGUCCUCGUGAGGAUUGCAGCAGUUCAGGAGCGGCGAAGCAAGAAUUUGUGAAACCCAGCAACAUGAAUGCCUUUGAUAUCAUCUCCUUUUCACAAGGUUUUGACUUGUCUGGUCUGUUAGGGGAAAAUGACCAAAAGAAAGAAGUGCGAUUUACCUCUAGGCAGACUGCCAAGACCAUUCUUUCAAAGUUGGAGGACAUUGCGAAAUGUCUAAGGCUGAAAGUGAUGAAGAGGGAGAUGGGGCUGUUGAAACUGGAAGGAUCAAACGAAGGCAGGAAGGGCAUCUUGUCUAUCGACGCUGAGGUGUUUGAGGUCACUCCAACAUUCCAUUUGGUUGAGGUGAAAAAGUCGAGCGGGGAUACAUUGGAGUAUCAGGAGAUAAUGAAGAAGGAAAUAAGGCCGGCCCUUAAAGACAUUGUUUGGACAUGGCAGGGCGACCAGCAGGCCCAACCCCAACAGCAAGAAGAUCAACAAUCCUCCUCUUAAUAGCUACUACUGCAGACUGUAUAUUAUCUCUGCUGCUGUAACAAAUGAAGUUUCUUAUAGGUUGAUUGCAACUUCUUGUUUCGUUUGCCCAUAUUUUCUGUUAUUGGAAUUUUUUGUGACGACUAGAGGAUCAUCUAUGUAUGAAGAAGCUGUGAUAUCUGUUUUGGUGCUUUAAAGAUGUGUAAUAUAGCAAUGGUUGAUGCCAGGAGAUAUGCUGUCA